AUGAUUAGAAAACCGGAUCAAGUUAAACCUCAUGACAACCCAUUGUUUCUUGGUGGUCACGAUAGCACUAUGUCUGGUUCCAGGUGUGGGCAUGGUGUGUUAGUAAUGUGGGAACUAUUCUCUAAUAAAUCAUACCGGGAUUUUGCCGAAAUAGCUGCCCGUGAAGACCAACUGGUGAUGUUUUUACGAAGUAGUUUGCAAGAGCUAGAAAAGGAACUACGUGUGGACUUGUGGCUUUCACACACACCAGGUUCAUUGUUUGUCUGCUUCAAACAACCAAGAAAAGAUAUCGUACGUCGUUAUUCAUUGGCUUCAAUGUUACUGAAUGUAAAAUCUGCAGACGGCACAGUCGAACGAAGGAUCUAUUCUCACAUUUGCGUUAUGGCGCAUAUCACCAAGAAGUUAAUUUUACGUUUCAUUGAAGAAUUGCGA